AUGGUGCAGGUUGAGAAUGAGACCGGGUUGCUUGGCGACUCACGGGACCGGUCGCAUAAGGCCGACGAAGAAUUCAACAGUGGAAUCCCGGAGGAUCUGCUCCAGCACCUGGCAGGGAAGGGAGAAGACCUCCAUUUUCGCUUCAGGGAGCGCUAUAACAAAAUUCCCACAGCUGGCUCACAUUCCUGGGAAUCCAUCUUCGGAACUGGCGCGGAUGAGGCAUUUAUGGCGUAUCACAUAUCGUCAUAUGUGGGCCAGGUGGCGGCCGCAGGAAAAGCCGAAUACUCGAUUCCUCUAUACACAAAUACUUGGCUUAACUUUGACGACCCUUCCCAGCUUGAUGUCAAGGGUCUGCCGGUGGUUGUCGGCGGUGGAGCGAAACCCGGAGAGUACCCCUCUGGUGGGCCAUGCCCACACCUAUUGGAUAUCUGGCGCUACAAUACCCCGGCGCUAGACUUUUUCGCGCCUGAUCUUUAUUUCCACGACUACGAAUCUGUAUGCAAAGACUACACUCAACAGGGCAACCCUCUCUUUAUUCCCGAACAACGGCGCGAUGAGCACGGUGCUAGGCGAGCAUGGCUUGCCUACGCCACCUACGGCGCCUUGGGCAUCAGCCCGUUUGGUAUCGAUACGGGCGCCGAGGUUAUUGGCCGCGAAUACAAGCUUCUCGCCCAAACAGCAUCCUUUCUCCUCAGUGCAUCACCCGAGGAUCGUAUGGGUUUCUUCUUUGACGAUGAGCCGAGCGGCAAGCUUGAACGUUGGACGCGAACCUUUAGCGAUAUCGAAGUUAUCGUCGAAAGAGCCUUUGUGUUUGGCAAACCUGGUCCUGGCGCCGGUAUGAUUAUUAACCUUGGUGAUGCAAGGUUCUUAGCCGUUGGACGGGGGUUCAAUGUCACCUUCAAGAGCACCCGUAAGGAGGCUACUUUCACCGGUAUUCUCAAGGCAGAGGAGAAGGAGGUCGAUCAAGGGGGUAAGCUGUCAACUUUGAGGGUGUUCAACGGAGAUGAGACUAGGAGCGGUGAGUUUCUCAUCAUGCCUAAUGAUGAACCUGACUACGGCGGCUUCCCAAUCGCGGUGACCAUCCCUGCACGGACCUGUAUUGUAGAACUAACCAUCUAUUGGGUUGCCGAAGAAGAGGAUGAUAGAUAG